CUGUUUUAGACAGUCCCAAGGACUCGAUACUUCGGAAUUAUUCAAGGAGAACAGAAUGAUAUAAGAAUAAUAGAAAAUGUAUUAACAAAUAUUGUAUAAAAAGCCAGGCUUUGAAACUUAAUUAGAAAUUUUAACGCUGUAAAAUGACUGUUCCAUGGAGAGAAAAGAUAAAUGAAGAAAAUGAACAAUUGAAAGUUCCUGAUUGUAUAAAAAGCUUUAUUGUUAUCAGAAUAGUAGAUUUGCCUAGCAGUGCAGAGCAGAGGCAGUCUUUCUAUCCUGAAUAUUACAAUUUACAUAGCAAAACUGUUAGAGACACCACUGAAAGUUUACUUGGUCAGAUUUCAUUACAAAGGGAAAUUGAUAUUCCUAGAACAGAGAAAAACAUAAUCUCCAAAACAUCUGCUUUCUUUUAUUGUGAAGUAAAAUUGAACAAAGAAGGGGAAUUAAAUAUACAAUUUGUAGCUUUCAUUCUAAUCAAUGAUUGUUUUUGCAAAGACAACAAAAACUCUAAAAAGCAACUUACCAGUAUCAGAACAUGUGGAAAACAUAGAAAAUCAGUACGAAAGUCCAGUUGCUAUGGUAUGGCGUACCAGGACUGUUUGAAAAAGAUUGUUAGGAAUGACUUUGUAAAUGUAUAACUAUGUUUUUACUUGUGUGUGAAAAGUUUAACAAUGAUUUAAUGCAUUUAUUGUAAAUCUUUUUAAAAUGGAACUUGAAAUUUUUUGCUAAAAUGGACGAGUAUUUCGAAAGGUGUUCUAAGGGGCCACCAUUUAAAGACAAUGAAGAUAAGAAGUACGAGUUCAGCAGGCUUCUGAGUUUCAGUAACUGGCCAGAAGAUUGUCCAGUUUUUCCGUUAAAACUCGCUAAAGCUGGUUUCUAUUUUAGCGGUAACGGAGAUGAGGUGAAAUGUUUCAGAUGCAGUGUUGUGAAGUCUGAAUGGCAGCCUGAUGAUGAUCCCACUGAAAUUCACAGACUCUUGAAUCCCACUUGCCCAUUUUUAGUAGGGGAUAAUGAGGAACUAAACAUCCCAUUCGGUAGAAAUGUCCCCAGUAAUGAGGACUCUAGUCUGAUUCAAAGACUCAACAGUGUGAUUGAAGGGAGAGAUGAAACUGUUGAAAAUGAAACUAGUAACAUGGGUGAUAUAGGAGAAACUGGUGCAAAUGAAGAAAUUAGUAAUCAAGACAGAACAGUUGGAAGGGAUACAAGGUUAAAUGAUGACAGUAGCAGAGAACAAACAGAAAUGCCAGCUGCUUCUCAGCAACAAGAUUUUGUAACCAGUUCUGAUGAAAGAAGUUCAGAGAGCCCUGAAUCGAUUGUGUUGAGGUCUAGAUCAUUAGGAACUCUACAAGACGCUACAACUAUUGGUUCACAAAAUGAAGCUUUACCAGAAAGCAGGUCAUCCACUUUUCUUGAUACAUCCAGACGAAAUGAGAAUCUUGCAGAUUCAGCAGUUUCAAUUGAUAGUGCAUCGGCUGUUUCUAGAAAUUCAAGUGAAAGUAAGUCAAAAGCAGAUAAAAAGAAGGAAAAGUCUGCUAAAAAAUCCAAAGAAAAGAAAGACAAAAAAGCAGCAAAGACUGCAAAGACAAGUGGUAGUAAUAGGAGAGGUAGUGAAUCUAAUACAGCUCCACAAAGAGGUCACGACAUACUGCCACCCACUGGUGAAGGUAUCGGUCCUCUCAGGUUUGAGAGGAAUAGACUUGAAACUUUUAACAACUGGCCUAGUAAUGCUUGUGUACCAGCAACAGAGCUAGCUAAAAGUGGUUUCUACUAUACUGGGUCAGGAGAUAGGGUGCAAUGUAUUUUCUGUAAAGGGGUUCUACGCAAUUGGGAAGAAGGGGAUCGUCCCCACAUUGAACAUCGGAAACAUUUCCCAAGAUGCCCUUUAGUGCUCGGAUUAAAGAUGGGAAAUGUUCCACUUCCUCUCGAUCACAGUCCAACUUCAACAUCUUCAGGUUCCUCAGUAGGAAGUGGAAGACAGCAGUCAAAUGUCGCUACAAAUGUGGCCGAUUCUUUGAGUAAUAUGGAGAAUCUUGGUAUUGUAACUGACCGGCCAAAACAUCCACAGUAUGCCAUAGAAUCUCAGCGACUUGCCUCUUUUCAGGGCUGGCCCCCGUAUAAACAUCAGACUCCGCAACUGUUGGCAGAAGCCGGGUUCUGGUAUGCAGGUUUCAAUGACAAUGUGAAGUGUUUCUACUGUGAUGGAGGUUUGAGGAACUGGGAACCAGGGGAUGAGCCUUGGAAGGAACAUGCUCGCUGGUUCCCCAAAUGUCCGUAUGUGCUUCAAGUGAAAGGUCAAGAAUUUAUCAACAGUGUCCUGAAAGAGAAAGGUGUAGAGAUCCCCGCCAACACUCAAGAACCAGGUGCAGCUUCAUUAAACAGUGAGCAGAUAAGAG